AUGGCAGCUACAUCAAAAGUUCAAUGUGCGAAAUGUGAGAAAAAUUCUGGUAUACUGACAUGCGAUGGCUGUUUAGAAAAGUUGUGCCGACGAUGUUUCAAUGAUCAUCGUCAAGAUUUGUCAAAAGAACUCGACAAUGUUGUUUAUGAACACGAUAUGCUCAAACAGCAGCUCGAAACGCCAUAUGAAAAUGACUCUCAUCGUUUGUUGAAACAAAUUGAUACUUGGAAAAAAGACUCUAUCGACAAAAUUAAUCAUCUGGCUGGUCAAUGUCAGAGUGAAGUUGUUAAAUUGCUAGAUAAAAACAAAGACCGGCUUACGGAUAGAUUUGUCAAAAUAACGAAUAGAGUUCGUAAAGGUAGAGACGAUGAAGAUUAUGAUGAACGAGAUCUGAGCAAGUGGAUGAAUGAGUUAAAAGAAAUAGAAGAUGAACUUAUCGAACCAUCGAACUUCCGCGUCGAAGAGGAUAAACAACAAUCUUCUUGGAUUCAAAAGAUCAGAGUACACGAAGAUUUCCGCGACCAAGCAAAAGCAACAGAUGGUUAUUCAAACCUACAAUUUUCACCGUUAUCACCGGUCAAGCCACCAACAGUUGGAACGCAAUUGAAAACGUCCAGUGUAUCAGGAACAUAUCUAACAACACUAUCGAAGGAAGAGCACAAAAUUAUAGAAAAAUUAAGCUCUCAUGAUACAAGAAUUCUUAACGUUGGCAGUGGCAGUAUAUCAGCUGAAGGGGCAAAAGUAAUUGCAGAAGCUUUGAAAACAAAUCAAACAUUAACACAUCUUUAUAUGGAGAACAACAAUAUAUCAGAUGCAGGGGCAAAAGCAAUUGCAGAAGCUUUGAAAACAAAUCAAACAUUAACACAUCUUUAUAUGGAGAACAACAAUAUAUCAGAUGCAGGGGCAAAAGCAAUUGCAGAAGCCUUGAAAACAAACCAAACAUUAACAGUUCUUGGUAUUCAGAACAACAAUAUAUCAGAUGCAGGGGCAAAAGUAAUUGCAGAAGCUUUGAAAACAAAUCAAACAUUAACACAUCUUUAUAUGUCGAACAACAAUAUAUCAGAUGCAGGGGCAAAAGCAAUUGCAGAAGCCUUGAAAACAAAUCAAACAUUAACACAUCUUUAUAUGUCGAACAACAAUAUAUCAGAUGCAGGGGCAAAAGUAAUUGCAAAAGCCGUGAAAAAGUAUAAGGUGUGUGCAGUGUAUCAUUAG